AACAUGAUGUGUCGCCAAGCAAAGGAGGGUCUCAUGAGAUGUCUUCCGCUCUCCCCGGGCGAAACAGACUGUCAGCGUGAGGGAUUUGCUGGUUCGGUUUCCGCGUGGACCAGGAUCGGUAUGUCGUAAAGCCCCUGCGGUUGCGGCUCAGUACGGCUGAAAUCGAGAUGGGUAGCAUGGGAAGGUUCAGAUUACCCAUUCCUGGCGAUACCCCGGCUACACCGAACCUAGCUGGACGCUGAACAAGUCUUGUGGAGGCGAUCCCCAGAUCCGCUUUCAAACUCCACCUUUCGCUUCGUUGACUGCUUUUCCUCAAACAUUCUCUUGCCUCGCGAUGGCAGUCGACAUUGUGGUCUCCAAGACCAUUGCGGCCGUCUUCCUUAGCAUCGCACUUUACAACUUCCUCGAACUUAAUGUCUACAUCUUCACCUUGUUCAAGAGACGGAGCGGGCUCUACUUCUGGAGCUUCACCAUAUCGACAUGGGGCAUCGUCUUCAACGCCACCGGCUACACGCUCAUGCACCUCGCAAAUAUUCCGCAAAAGAACAUUUACGCCACAUUCAUCCUGAUAGGAUGGUGUGCGAUGAUCACCGGACAGUCUGUUGUGCUCUACUCGCGAUUGCAUAUCGUGAUGCACAAUAGGAAGAAACUGAAAGCUGUUCUCGUCAUGAUUAUUGUCAACGCCACAUGGCUCCACAUACCCGUCAUCGUCCUGGUCUAUGGAAACAACUCCAACAACCCUACGCCUUUCGUACAGCCCUACCAGAUCUACGAAAAGAUCCAACUCAGCGUCUUCAUCGCCCAGGAACUCGUCAUCUCCGGCCUCUACGUAUAUGAAACUACGAAGCUCCUCCGAAUGGAACGUACGAUUGGAAACUUUGGCACGAAAAGCCUACUCCAACACCUCAUCUUCGUCAACUUCCUCGUCAUCCUCCUGGACUUCAGUAUCCUAGGUCUCGAAUUCGCAGACAUGUUCGAGAUCCAGACAUCGUGGAAGCCACUCGUAUACAGCAUCAAGCUCAAGCUGGAAUUCAGCAUCCUCAACCGCCUCGUCGCCCUGACUCGGAGCGCUCGGAGUGGAUGUGCCAGCUCGUACAGCAACGGCGGAAACCGGUCAGCGGCCGUAGCGCUAGGAACGGUUCGAGGAACGGGACAUCAACGCUCCGCUGUAGCCACAAACACAGAGCACCAGGAACAAUGGGAGGUACACGUUACCAGUGGAAAAGCAAAUAACGACCAGCUCCCCUCGACCGUUAUCAAAACCACAGAGUUCACGGUCCAGAGCCAUAGUCGCAAGGAUAGUGACGAUAAGAUUAGCUUCGCGGGGAGUAAGGAGGAAAUACUGGCACACUCGGCGGCUCACAAUACUCAAGGGAGUACGUCGUCGGCGUCGUCAGACCACAUUCAGUAUAAUGGACGAUACGAUAGCCAGCCUUGGCAAUAACCCGAGACUGUGUGUCCUCUUGCGCAUGCGGUUGUUACGAGUUUCUUUGAUACCAAUAGAGUUUACUUUGUUUUGUUUCCCAACAUGAGAUAUGAAAAUGCGAUGUAUUUACAUUUAAUAUUGUUAGAUUUCACUAAUGUUGAAUCUUCCUAUCCAUAUCAUCUCG